AUGGUAAUUUUCAAUAACACCACAUUAUCCUCUUCAAACUUCCUCCUCACUGCGUUCCCUGGACUGGAAGUGGCUCACAUCUGGAUCUCUAUCCCAGUCUGCUGCCUGUAUACCAUUGCCCUCUUGGGAAACAGCAUGAUCCUGUUUGUCAUCAUUGUUGAGCAGAGUCUCCACAAGCCCAUGUACUAUUUCCUCUCCAUGCUGUCAGUUGUUGAUCUAGGUCUGACCAUUUCAACCCUCCCCACUGUGCUUGGGGUUCUUUGGUUUCAUUCCAGGGAGAUCAGCUUUAAAGCUUGCCUCAUUCAAAUGCUUUUUGUACAUGCCUUCUCUUUCUUGGAGUCCUCGGUGCUGGCAGCCAUGGCCUUUGACCGCUUCAUGGCCAUCUGUAACCCACUGAAGUAUGCCACUGUCCUCACACACAUGAUGAUUAUGGUGAUUGGACUGGUCAUCUGCCUACGACAAGUAAUUUUUCUCUUUUCCAUGACUCUAGUAUUGAAGAGUAUUUCUUUCCACGGAGGCCAGGAGCUUUCCCACCCAUUUUGCUACCACCCAGAUGUGAUCAAAUACUCAUAUUCCAACCCUUGGAUCAGCAGCUUUUUGGGCAUGUUUCUUCAGCUCUACCUGUGUGGCACUGAUUUAUUGUUCAUUCUUUUCUCUUAUGCCCUAAUUCUCCGUACUGUCCUGAACAUUGUAGCCCCUAAGAAGCAACAAAAAGCUCUCAGCACUUGUGUCUGUCACCUCUGUGCUGUCACUGUUUUUUACGUGCCAAUGAUCAGCCUGUCCAUUACACACCGCAUCCUCAACUCCACCCCUAAGGUGGUCUGUGGCAUUUUGGCCAAUGUGUACUUGCUCUUACCACCUGUCCUGAAUCCUGUAAUUUAUAGCUUGAAGACCAAGACCAUCCGCCAGGCUGUGCUCCAGCUGCUCCAAUCUAAAGGUUCAUGGGGACCCAAUGUGAGGAGUCUUAGAGGUGGGUAG